AUGGCGCCACCACGGAAAAGAGGCAGAGGUUCUUUUAGAGGCUCUUCUAGAGGCGCUCGAAAGCCUGGUAAUGCUCGUGGUGGGAGGAAUAGUUUCCAGACAUCUCGAAUUGAUGAAAAGCGAGAAAUAGAAUCAUCUGAUGAAGAAAAUCAAUUCAACGGUUUUGAAGAUGAUGUCUCUGGUGAUGAUGAACCUGUACAAGACGAGGAAAUAGUCGACUCAUCUUCAGAGGAUGAAGAAGCUACGACCGAACGUCCAUACAAUUCAUUACUUCAACUACUCAAUGCCAAUUCAGAAACCAAACAUGCGCGCAAGCGACGGAAACUCGACCGUGCGGGGAGUAAGUCCCAGGAUAUUCGUGACGUGGAGAUACAGGCCAGUAAAGAAGUCGAGGAACAAGACGUACUCGAAAAUCAGGAGGCUUCCGAGGAAGAAGAUAAUGCCGAAGCAGACAAGGCGGGGGAGUCAGAAGAUGAAGACGAAGAUGCAUCGGAUCCAUUCGAAACGCAUAUUGCCAGUCUGGAUGAAGCCGAGACAACCAAAAGAGUAAAUGAGAUAAAAUCUGACAAAUGGCGCUCAAUCAAAUCGUCGCUUCCAGAGAAUUUCAGAUUAAUCUACAACAUACCGGAUGGCGAGGGUGGCAGCUGGAGUAUGCCUUCCGCAGUGAAAACCACACGGAGUUUGAAGCUCAAGAAGAAAUUGGUUUCAAGGGCAGCAGAGAUUCUGCCAAGCUUCGAGGGUGUCGCUCAGAACAUCGCCUCGUUAGUUUUUAAUUACAGUGACGUUCUUUUCGCUGGCAGAACGCCAUCAAAUGCAGCGCAGAUGCGAGAUUUACUCAGCUUGCACUCUCUCAACCAUGUCCUCAAAACUCGUGAUCGAGUUAUCAAAAAUAACGCUCGCCUUUCUCGAGACACAAAUGAAGAUAUAGAAGUGCGUGAUCAGGGUUUUACAAGACCAAAAGUCUUGGUCAUUCUCCCAACAAGACAGGCUUGCGUUCGGUUUGUAGAAUCAAUCAGCAAAAUCUACCAGCCAGAGCAACAGGAGAACAGAAAGAGGUUUAUGGAUGAGUACCACGCGGAAGACAAUGAAUCAUGGGCAAGCAAACCUGAUGAUUUUCGAGAUCUGUUUGGUGGAAAUGACGAUGAUAUGUUUCGGAUUGGAUUGAAAUUCACCAGGAAGACGAUCAAGUACUAUUCACAAUUCUAUAAUUCAGAUAUUAUCCUGGCAAGUCCUCUGGGAUUGCGUACGAUUAUGGAUAAAGAAGAUGAAAAGAAGCGGGACCACGACUUCCUCUCGUCGAUUGAAAUUGCCAUUGUCGACCAUUCCGAUGGUCUACUAAUGCAGAAUUGGGAGCACGUUGAAUACAUUUGCGAGCAUCUCAACUUACAGCCAAAGGAAGCCCAUGGAUGUGACUUCAGUCGCGUGCGAACAUGGUACCUGGACGAUCGCGCACGAUAUAUACGACAGACGAUUGUAUUGACAUCCUUCCUCACACCUGAAAUAAACUCUCUCUUCUCGCAACACAUGCAAAACAUCGCCGGGAAAUCCAAGAUACUUCCACAGUACAAUGGGGCAAUCACUGAAGUGGCUCUUCCUAUCACUGUGAAGCAGACAUUCUCCCGCUUCGAUUCUACAUUCGCACUCAAAGAUCCCGACCUACGGUUCAAGUACUUUACUACCGCGAUUUUACCGGCUCUUGCGCGAUCGGUGACUGGGAAGGGAGAAGGAAAUGGAGCGGGAACUUUAAUAUUCAUCCCGUCUUACUUGGAUUUUGUUCGGGUGCGGAACUUCUUUGCUACUUCUUCCCAGGCAACCAACAUAUCCUUUGGAGCAAUAUCCGAGUACACGGAACAGAGCGAGAUGAGUCGAGCACGCAGUCACUUUAUGAACGGACGACUUUCAGUUCUGCUAUACACAGAACGAGCGCAUCAUUUUCGACGAUACAACAUCCGUGGUGUUAAACAUAUCAUCUUCUACGGCCUUCCCGAAAAUCCGAUUUUCUUCAGGGAGAUUGUCCAGUAUUUGGGACAGGAUCCGGGUGUUCUUGCCGGUACUGCCGGCGCUGAGAAUCUGGAUGUGCGAGCAGUGUUUUCAAAGUAUGAUGCAUUCAAACUUGAGCGCAUUGUAGGCACUCAGCGUGCAGGGAAUAUGCUCAAAGAGAAGGGGGGAGAUACUUUCCGAUUCGUAUAGAAAUAUAUGUAUGUAAUUUAUGUAUUAAAGAUACCGGUCUAACCAUUUUUGUGUUAUUUCAUGCGGGGGU